AUGGAUAAAUCUCAGCAGCCCAGCUCCUUCCAGCAGCUGGAAAAGCUCGGCGAAGGCACCUAUGCCACUGUCUUCAAGGGGCGCAAUCGCCAAACCGGUGAAAUGGUGGCAUUGAAGGAAAUCCACCUCGAUUCCGAAGAAGGGACACCGUCGACCGCCAUCCGUGAGAUUUCUCUGAUGAAGGAGCUGAAGCACGAGAGUAUUGUCUCGCUCUACGAUGUCAUCCACACCGAAAACAAGCUCAUGCUCGUUUUUGAGUUCAUGGACAGGGACUUAAAACGAUAUAUGGAUACCCGGGGUGACCGCGGACAGCUGGACCCAGCUACGAUCAAAUCAUUUAUGCACCAGCUGCUCAAGGGCAUUGCGUUCUGCCAUGACAACCGAGUUCUCCACCGCGAUCUCAAGCCACAGAACUUGCUGAUCAACAAGAAGGGACAACUGAAGCUCGGUGACUUUGGAUUGGCUCGGGCAUUCGGCAUCCCGGUCAACACCUUUUCCAACGAGGUCGUCACUCUGUGGUACCGAGCACCCGACGUCCUCCUCGGCAGUCGAACCUACAACACCAGCAUCGAUAUCUGGUCGGCCGGGUGUAUUAUGGCCGAAAUGUAUACAGGACGGCCACUUUUCCCGGGUACCACCAACGAGGACCAGUUGAUGAAGAUCUUCCGAUUGAUGGGGACACCUUCUGAGCGCUCAUGGCCCGGCAUUUCGCAACUGCCAGAAUACAAGCCCACCUUCCAUGUGUAUGCAACGCAGGAUCUCGGCUUGAUUCUUCCGCAGAUCGACCCGCUCGGAUUGGAUCUUCUCAACCGUAUGCUUCAGCUGCGGCCAGAGAUGCGUAUUAGCGCCAACGAUGCCCUGCAGCACCCGUGGUUCCAUGAUCUGCCCCAGCUCCAAGCGCAGUUGCAGCAGCAGCAACAGCAGCAGAUGGCCGGCGCAUACGGGGGCAUGGUUCCACCUCAACCGGCGUAUUAA